AAAUAAAAGCCUCCCUCCUCGAGAAAAACCCCUCAAGAAAAAUCAAAGAAUCCAAUAGCCCUAGCUGCAGCACCAUCCGAAAUGUUGAUCUCGAAGCUGAACUCUCUCCGCCGCUUGAAAUCCCUGCCCCACCUUCUCACCUCAAAAUCCCACGUUCAACCGUCCUUCUCCCUGUCCCACCUAUCGUCAUCUCCCCUCCCUUCAGCAUCCACCGUCCGAUUCAUCCGCACGGGCCGCCCCCGAGAGGACCCCACCUUCCGCUACGAGAUACCUCCACCCGCCAACUGGGGCAUCCGGAUCGUCCCUGAAAAGAAGGCCUAUGUCAUCGAGCGGUUCGGGAAGUACCGGAAGACCCUCGAUUCCGGCAUCCACCUCCUGAUCCCGGUUGUCGAUAGGAUCGCCUACGUCCAUUCUUUGAAGGAAGAGGCGAUCCCAAUCCCAGAUCAGUCUGCAAUCACAAAGGACAAUGUCAGCAUUUUAAUCGACGGCGUUCUUUAUGUCAAGAUAGUUGAUCCGUUCCUGGCAUCAUAUGGCGUCGAGAAUCCGAUCUUCGCAGUCAUUCAGCUGGCGCAGACGACAAUGCGCAGUGAACUUGGGAAAAUUACACUCGACAAGACGUUCGAGGAGAGAGAUACUCUGAAUGAGAAUAUUGUGAAGUCAAUUAAUGAAGCUGCAACUGCUUGGGGUCUGAAAUGUCUACGAUAUGAGAUAAGGGACAUAUCUCCUCCUCCGGGAGUUAGGGCAGCUAUGGAGAUGCAAGCAGAAGCAGAAAGAAGAAAACGUGCUCAAGUUCUAGAGUCUGAAGGAGAGAGACAGGCAAACAUUAAUAUUGCUGAUGGGAGAAAAAGCUCAGUCAUCUUAGAAUCAGAAGCUGCUAUGAUGGAUCAGGUUAAUAGAGCUAAAGGAGAAGCUGAAGCUAUCCUUGCCAAGGCGCAAGCAACUGCAAAAGGAAUUUCUUUGCUAUCUGACUCCAUUACAGCAAGUGGAGGCGUUGAGGCAGCAAGUUUAAGGAUUGCCGAGCAAUACAUCCACGCAUUCGGUAACAUUGCUAAGGAGGGCACGACACUGUUGCUCCCUAGCACUGCUGCCAAUCCUGCCAGCAUGAUGGCUCAGGCUUUAACAAUUUACAAAAGCCUGGUUGGCAAUGCCCCUUCUACCACUGGACCCCAGGAAAUCUCCCAAUCUGGGCCUCUGGACAGGAGCAAAGGCGAUGGGUCUCCCAGUCAUGCCAAAGAUGAAACCCCUGUAACUGAUGCUACCGUUGCUUCAGCACCUGCGGCCUUUCCAGUUGAGCCAGUUUUCUCUUUGCAGAGCCCGAAGAACCAAAAAAGAUGAUACUGUCAAUGGCCUCGGAACCCAAAAUUGUGAAAUUCAAAUUUUUUUCCCAGCAAUUUUUAUUUUCUUAGCUUAGCUCUAAAGUCAUCAUGGUUUUGAUCCCCACAGGAAAUGUAUUUUGCAGACCUUUUAUUUUUGUAGUUUAGUAAUGCAGCACCUCAUGUCAGCUUGUCUUUA